AUGACAGCCAGUGUUGUUGAACGACUUGUCAAUGCCAUUCAUUUAAAUGCAGCACCUCCAAAGCCGAACUCUUUACUUGUAUUCGUCUGUAAGUUAGCUUCAUCACAUCCAAACAGUUCCACAGUACAUGAUUUUGUAAUUGGUGAUGAAUCGAUUGCUUUAUUUCGACCGGAACUUGAGAAACUACAACAUAUAUUACAUUUUCCCGAAGAAUUAGCUUUUCAGUUGUCAGCAACCGAAUAUCAAUUAUUCUAUGGGAUGCAACCGAUAGACUAUGUUCAUUAUGUAAGCUGCGAUUUAACUUCAGUACCAGUUGCAAACAAUCCAAGUCCCGUUCAAAAUCUUGUUAAGCGCUUAUCUGAGAUAAGUUCGUGGGUAACUCAUCUUAUACUUAGCAUGCCAACAUCUGAAGAACGGAAAAUAACUCUUAUUUCUAUUUUCCGAAUGAUCGAUACGUGCUGGAACAUUGGCAAUUUCAACGCAGCCGUUGAAAUUCUGAUGGGACUGAAAAGUGAAAAAUUGCGAUCAUUUUGGUUGUCAAUAAGAUCUGAGGAAAAGAAUAAAUAUGAACAGCUUUGUGAUGCUCUGUUACCCAGUAAUCAGGCUGCUUUGUCGAGUAUUUAUCGAGAAGCGAUUCAAAGAGCUUUACGCAUGCCACAGUGCAGGCUGAUUCCUUUUUUUGGUAUCUUCCUGCGUGAUUUAUAUGCAAUAGUAAACGAUAUGCCAAGCGUUGUGAUAACUGAUGAUGAAAAUAAAGAGAGGCUUGAGCUUAUGAAUAAACAAACUCGCGAUAAUCGUUGUACGUCUGAAAUUGGAGUUAGUGGUUUGUUAAAUGCUGAUAAGAUUAGUUUGGUGGCUGUGGUGCUUGAUAAUUUGGAACUGUUUUACCGCCAUUAUAAGAAUGUAACCAGUUUUGUCAUGGAUCCUACGAAACCAAGUAUUGGGAAAGAAAAUCCAAAACCUAAGGGUUAUCAUCCAGUGCAACCUGUCAAAGGUGUUGCAAGAAAUGUCACUUUGGUACCUUUGGAUACAAACCGUUUCGAUCUGGAUGUGAUCCAAAGGCUUCAUCAUGGUACCACAGUCAUUCAUUGUGAUCCGUAUACAAGUCGCAGCACCCUUUGUAUGCUGAAACUGGAUGCCACUUGUGGCUUGUUGUCAUGGCAUAAAGUUGGUUAUUUGGGAACAAAGGAGACAAAAGACAAGGAUGCAUAUAUCUCAUCAGUGACACGAAUGCAAAGCGCAAAACUGCAAAAUACGACACCACUAGAAAGUGGAAAUCCUCCUUCAUCACCAAGUUUACGACCAGCUGGAGCUGCCUGUACUAUGUUGGAAUGUGGCUUUUUAAAGCUUUCCUAUGUUAAAUCUGUUGAAAAUGUUUCUUCACACGACAUCAACAUUGAGAGCAUUUACCGACGCUACUGCAAUGAAGAGAUGUCUGUGCAAAUGCAUUGCUGGACAAUAAAUUUUGGUUGUUAUUUGUCUGAUAAUGAAUUUUUGUACUUUAUCGCACCGGAGAAAAGCGCUCAGUGCUGGAUAAUUGGGUUAACAGCUAUUGUAAACUACUUCCUAGAACAGCAAAAAUGCGCAGAUCGACGAGUUUUAUGGCUUAGAAAACUGUAUUUACAAUUGUAUAACAACUACGAACAGGAUAACGUGAUCGAUGAAGGCGUGAUAUCUACUGUACAGCCUCAUGAAGCUCUACAAGCUUUUGGUGGCCGAGCCAAAGAACGGAGAGCUUUAGGUUUGCAAAGUAUCGUUUCGAAAUCACUUCAAUCAGGAACGAUUCGUUCUGCAGAGGUUACGGCAACAAAAGGUCGUUUAAAACAAAUGACAAGUGCUGUUACUCGCCAAAUGAAAUUUGCAAACCGUAGUGCUCAUCCCCAACCAUUUAUAUCUUUGAAGGCGCAAUACCAGUCAGUACGAAAUCGCAUAACUGGCAGACAGUUUACUGUAUCAGACCCAAGCAUAUCAAAAAUGCCUCGAUCACAUGACAGUUCCUCAUCAGUCGAUACUAUUAGUCUUUCCUCUUGGUACAAAUCCAGAAAGCUAUCAGCAAGAACUUUAGCCAAUUUCUGGUCUGAGAAGACAAAAAAUAGGACAAAAAGUUCCGAAAAUAGAAGUCAAAACCCAGCUCUCUCUAAGGAGUUUUUGCUGUCCUCGAAAUCGUGUGAAGAAUAUGCUGAGAAGCCCUUAACAUUAUUCGAAUUCAUUGAAUUGUACAAAUCAUUUAAUGCAAACAUGCGGACAGAUCUAAAAGAUAUUUUCAAUGAUUUCCUCGUGGCAUAUGGAUGUGGCAACGCAAAUGCAGUUGAACGUGAAAAAAAUCAAAAAUUUUCACAAAUAGAAUCACCGCUUUGGGAUACUGAGUUUAUACCAAACGAUGUCCUUACAAGGAAUACUUUUACAACUCAGCAUAUCAGUGAGAAGCAACAAAAGGUAUACAACGCACUAGCUCUUGCUAGUUUAAAUAGUACGGAUCUAACGGAUACAUCAAGAUAUUCAUUUUUAACUCCUGCAAUGCUGAAACAAUUUAUUGAGAUACAUCAAAUGGAAAUUGUGGAUGAAGAUUAUGCAAUCAAAAUAAUACAGGAACACGAACCGAAUUCAAUUUACCGAAGUAGUCAGCAGCUUUCAUUUGAAGGAUUUGUACGCUAUAUAACUGACUCAACGAAUUAUGCAUUUGUGCCUGAAGCAAUCAAACCUGAUCAGGAUAUACUUCAUUAUCCAUUAAACUAUUACUAUAUUUGCUCAAGUCACAAUACUUACCUCACAGGUCAUCAGCUGAAGGGGGAAUCAUCCACCGAAAUGUAUCGCCAGGUAUUAUUGACGGGCUGUCGUUGCGUUGAAUUAGAUUGCUGGGAUGGUGAAAAUGGCCUGCCUCAGAUAUUCCAUGGCCACACUUUGACAUCUAAAAUUGGCUUUCGUGAAGUACUUACUAUCAUUAAAAAAAGUGCCUUCGCUACCAGCAAUUUACCUGUUAUUUUAUCAAUCGAAAAUCAUUGCUCACUUCAGCAGCAAGCAAGAAUGGCUCAAAUGUUUAGAAAUUACCUCGGUGAAGAACUAGUUACAUGUUUCUUGUUCGAAGCUGACUAUAGUAAUUCUCCACGACUUCCAUCACCGUGGCAGUUGCAGAAUAAAAUUUUAAUUAAAAAUAAGAAAAUGGUCGCAGAACCAAGUGCCGGACUACGUGUGGAUAAGUACUUUAUCAAAAAUGAAAGCGAUGCGGUUAUGGAGCAGACUGAUGGAUUCUAUGGAACAGAUGAAGAUGAUCUUGAGGAAUUUUGUGAUGAUUUGGAUGACGAAGAAGCAGGUUCGGAAAGUCUGAGGAUAAUAAAUCGAUUGUCAAGAGGUACACUGCAUGAAUCGUCCGGUGAAACUGAAGAGGAGCACAAGUACUCUGUAUCUAAAUCAGAACAUGAGACAAGUGCAUCAUUCAACUGGGGAGCAGAUGAUAAACUGUCAUCAUUUAAUCAAGAAAUAGUGUUGCAGAGGCCCAUUAAGAAGAUAUCAGGAACCCCAGUUGCACCUGAAUUAUCGGAUUUGGUGAAUUACAUGCAGACUACCAAAUUCAAGGUAGGGUUAACUGUUUGA